AUGUCUUCUUCUCGAUCCUCUGCGGAAACUCUCUCGGAGAAUUUGGUAAGUUGAUGUGCAUUGCUGAUUUCUCCGUUGGGCGUUGUCUUGUGUCUUUGAAUGGGGUUUGCCACUCAUUUUACCGUUUCAUUAUAUUAUUCAUGAUAAAAUUUGCAUGUUUCUUGAUCAAACUAUCCUUUUUUUGCACUGGAUGUUCUUUCAUUCGACGUUUCUUAUAAGAGUGACUCUGUAAGAGCAGUGUCAGUGUUUUUGAUGACUAUCUCGGAGGUUUGGACGCCUUAUUUUACUCAUCAAGAUAUUAGUAUCCAACUUAUUCUAGAUGGAAUCCGAAGCUUAUAAAAAUCGAUUCCGCAUCUACUUCUUGGGCUUGGUAAUCUCGCUAGCAUGCGUAUUCACCCCAGCUUUUGCCAAUUCGUAUAUGAAUGGCUCGGUGAAUACGUUCAAGACAUUUCUCAACGAGUCUUUUCAACGGCGAGGUCAAGAGAUGAGCCCAUCCGCCUAUUCCUGGCUCUGGGCGGCCAUUCUGAAUAUUUGGUUUCCCAGCUUUCUCCUUGGGCAGUUCCUAAAUCCAUGGGUGAACGAGAAAAUGGGGAGAAAAUGUAAGUGGAUUACUGUAACAUCAAGCACAUUAAAGUAGGAGCCAUCGCCUUCAAUGUGCUCGCAUUUGUGGCGGCUUGUUUGAGAUUCACCUCCAUCCUGGUUUACUCUCCGGAAUUGUUGAUAGUUUCCGCGGCAAUGGCGUCAGUCGCGUCGUCGAUUACGUACAAUUCGAUGAUCUUGAUGUUACAGGUACGAACAGAUACAGUGGCGGACCUGAUCCAUUGGCAAAAACGUACCAUUUUGCAUCCGGGAAGUAUCAAAAAUGCAGCAAAAUACCUCCCUCUCCAAGUGAAAAAACUCCGAUUUCAAAACCGCUUUUUUGCGAGUCAAAUGACGCUCUCUUCAAAACCGAGUGAGGCAUUUUGCCACAUUUUUGAUACUUCCCGGAUGCAAAAUGAUACGUUUUUUCCUACUGUAUCUCAAAUUCCUUAUAUUUGCUCUCAGGAAUGCUCACCAACAAAUGUUCGUGGAACGGUUGCCACGAUUGCCGAGAAUUCGAAUGCUUUUGUGAGUCUGGUCGGCAUGAUUGUGAGUAUGGAGUCGGUGCUGGGAUGGGAUCUCCGAUUGCUCACUGGAUUUGCUCUUAUUCCUUGUGAGUUCGUAUAGCAGCUUACUUGGCCCCUUGAAAUUUUAUUUUUUAAGUUAAUCAGUCUUUAGGCCUUUUGGCGAUCUUCGUUCUGAUUCCUCUUUAUGAGACCCCAAAGCACAUCUACAUGAGAACAAAAGAUAUCGCCCAGACGCACAAAGCGAUUUAUUUUUAUCAUGGAGCUUCAACCGAUGUCGAUAAAGUCAUGGAGGAGAUGAAACAGGUAGAAUGACGAGCUAAACUAGCCGAAACAGUUUCAAAUUACACAGUAAUGUCUUGAUUUGCAGGAAAUAAAUGUCGAAAGUUGUGAGGAGUCCUCGUUCAAAGAGAUUUUGAUGACUCCGCAUCUCCGAAAAGCUCUAAUUCUUGGGUGUUUGGCGCUAAUUGUAAGUGCCCGUUACUAUCAACAAAUCAAUUUUAAUUUUUUUCCAGAACACCCUUGGGAUUUGGCCAUUAAUGUUGUCCUCGACCGACUUUCUUCAACGCGUCGAGAUCCCUCUAGAAAUCGCUUCUUGGGCUUCCAUGGUUCUGAUGUUGGUCUAUCUUGGCGGAGCGAUCGCCGCGUCCUUCGUGAUCGAAAGAUUUGGCCGUAGACCCGCUCUUCUCUAUUGUGGCUCCGCCGGAGUUGUUUGUCUCGUUGGCUUUGUCGUGUCGGCUCGCUUACACUAUUACGUACCGUUUUCAAAGUACCUUUGCGUUCUGUUUGUGCUAAUCUACGCGGUAACGUACGGCCUCGGCGUGGGCACCACGGUAUGGUAUCUGAAUGCGGAAUUGGUGCAACAAAGGCAUCGCUCGCAAGUGCAAAUGAUGUGCUCGGUCUUCAUCUUCCCGAUCGUCUUCUUCACCACAUUCACAUUGUUCCCAUUGUACGACGUAAUUCAGGAAUACGCGUUUCUUUUGUUAUACGCCCUUCCGGCUGCCGGAUCACUCGUUUACUUGUAUCGGGAAUUGCCGGAGACGGGCGGACGGGAAAUCCACGAAAUUGUGAGGGAAUUACGAGGAUUAUUGUGA